UGUCCCACCCUCGACCAGCUGUUUUGGCGGCAACGAGUUUUUGGUCCGAGUUUUUGUUUAUUUGAAAUACAACGCAGUUAGGCAACAAACAACAUACAAAAUGAUGCAGGAGAGCGCGGUGACCGAGGCGCUGAAGAAGCAUUUUGGCCACUCGAAGUUCAAGUCCGAGCUACAGGAGCGGGCCGUGCGAUGUGCUGUGAAAAAAAAGCAGGAUGUCUAUGUAUCGAUGCCGACGGGCUCGGGUAAAUCCCUGUGCUUCCAGCUGCCUGGCCUGAUGUCCGAGAACCAGAUAACCAUUGUCUUUUCGCCGCUUCUCGCUCUAAUCAAGGAUCAGAUCGACCAUUUGACCAAGCUGAAAGUGCCGGCUGACUCGCUGAACUCCAAGAUGACCACCAAGGAGCGUGAUCGCGUGAUUAUGGAUCUGCGGGCGGUGAAGACCAGUCUGAGAUUCCUCUACAUCACACCGGAACAGGCGGCCACCAAGUUCUUUCAAGAGCUGCUACAGACAUUACACAAGCACAAGAAAUUAGCCUACUUUGCGGUGGACGAGGCCCACUGCGUCAGCCAAUGGGGUCACGACUUCCGACCGGACUAUCUUAAGCUGGGCGAACUACGUUCCAAAUAUCCAGACAUCACCUGGUUAGCAUUAACGGCCACAGCCUCCCAGGAGGUCAAGGAGGAUAUCUAUAAGCAGUUGCAUUUGCAUCAGCCGGUGGCACAAUUCAGCACGCCCAGCUUCCGGAAGAACCUCUUCUACGACAUUGUCUACAAGAAUUCCAUUGAGGAUGACUUCCAGCACUUGGCGGACUUUGCGAGGCAUUGCCUGGGCGAUCCCAAGGAGUUCAAGGAGCAGCCAAAGGCCCAGCGGGGCUGUGGCAUAGUCUACUGUCGCACGCGGGAGCAAGUGGAGCGCAUGGCGAUUGGCGUUACCAAGCAGGGCAUUGGAGCCGUGGCCUAUCAUGCUGGCCUUAAGACGGGGGAACGCACAGAGGUGCAGGAGGCAUGGAUGCGCGGCGAUCAGCCCAUUAUAUGCGCCACCAACAGCUUUGGCAUGGGUGUGGACAAGGCGAGUGUGCGAUUUGUCAUCCAUUGGGAUGUGCCACAAAAUGUGGCAGCCUAUUACCAGGAAUCGGGUCGCGCUGGUCGCGACGGCUUGCCCUCGUUCUGUAGAUUAUAUUACGGCCGUGAAGACGUGCGGAGUAUACGAUUUCUGCUGCAGAACGAUGCGAACAGGGCGCGGGGUCGCGGCGAUAAGGAACUGCUCACGGCGAGAGCCCUCAAACAAUUUGAGAAGAUCACCGAAUUCUGCGAGCGAACCACGUGCCGACACAAGCUGUUUUCCGACUUCUUUGGGGAUCCGGCGCCCGACUGCAGCGGUCAGUGUGAUGUCUGCCGGCGACCCAAGAAAGCGGAGAAGGCUUUGGAGAUGUUUCAUCGUUUGUGCAUGGACGACACCUUCAAGUCGCACAUUUCGCUGCAGGAUUGCGCGGAUUUAUACGAAGGAGGUCGUCCUGGUCAGAAGCGUGCUGCCCAGGAUUAUGCAGCUGCUGAUUCCGACUCGGAUGGCGCCGACUCCCACUCCUCCAUGGCCAAGAAGGCCAAAAAGGAAACGGAAGAUUUCAUUAAGCAACAGUUCAAGUUGCGCAAGCAAAUUAGCGCCGCCCGUCAGCUGGAACAGGAUACAGCCGCCCAAAUCUCUCGCAUCCGUCAGGCGGAGGCCACGGAAAAGAAAAUAGCUGGCCUCCAGGCCACACACAGGGAGAAGUAUCUAACGGCCAUUAUCGAUGCCCUGAAAGCCAAUGUGGACAAGUGCAAGGAUGAGCCCGAACAGCAGCCGAAAAGUGUCCUGAAAUACAAUGACUACGAAGCCAUUGCCGUGGACAUGGAGUACGAGGUGUUCCGCCAGCAGAAAGUGGCCAAUAUGUACCGACAUGCCUUAACCAAGCAGAUAUCCAUUAUUAAACAGCUCACGGGAAAGAUGCAGCUGAUGCCUCUGCUGGCUGAUUAUAUACCCAAGCCGGAAACGAGUGCAAAAGGCGCCUGGACCGGUGGUAGUGUGGCCUACUUUGAGCGGAAACUCAAGGAACUGGAGGAGCAGAGACCACAGAGUCUCAAGGAAGUACCAAAAGCCUUGAAGGAGCGCAAGGGUUUCAAGCAGGACGGCAGCAACAGCAAGCAGACUUCCAUUUCCUCCUUCUUCAAAAAAGAGCUGAAAGAGGAACCAACAUCAGAUUCCUCAAAUCAAGAAGAACCUGAAGAAGCUGAGAAGGAUUUGGAUAAUAACAAACCAGAAGAGCCCUCUUCCAAUCCCGUCAAAGAUGAACCUAUGGACGAAGAGAGCACUGAGCCUGAUUCCGAACUCGAUCCCCUACCCGACAGCAUAAUCGGCGAGAGAAAAUACAAACUGAUGCCGAAUGGCGAUGGCAGCUAUGACACGCAUCGCCGGAAAAGAGUUUCCCAUCAGCACGAACCCAAGAAAACGGCCAAGACCAGCAUGCAGCAUCUCUUCGGUUCCUUCAAAAGUGAAUCCGAAGAGGAGCAGGAUCAGCCUGCAAUUGGUUUUAAAACUGCUCGACAAAUUCUUGAUGAAAAGAAGGCUAAAUUGGAAAGCAAACAAGAAUUAAGGGAAGAUAAAAGCAAGGAAUCCCCUGAAAAUAUAGGUUUUAUUUCAGCCCGGGAAAUGUUGGAGAAAAACAAACUCAAAAACGACGAGAAGAGGGAAAAGUCAAAUAACAAAACUGAAACCCUGGGUUUCAUUUCAGCCCGAGAAAUGCUGGAAAAUAACAAACUUAAGGAGGAAAGUUUGGAUAAAAAGGAAGUUAAGCCUAAAAAGUUAGAAGGUAAGGAAAUAGAGGGUAAAGACGGGGACAGGAGUUUCCAAAAGGAGUCAAGAUCAGGGGAAAGCAAAGACAAGGGGAAAGAGUCCAGUGAAACAGAAAAGCAUUUAAAGGACUUGGGUUCCCACAGAAAAGAGGGAAAGGAGGAAGCAGACUACAAAAGAGAAAGGGAAGCAACUGCCAAGGAGUCAUCUUCCGGAGAAAGGAAAGCUUCAAAAGAUUCUUCAACGGAAAGGAAAGCUUCGAAAGAUUCUUCAUCAGAAGGAAAAACUUUGAAAGACCAUUCUUCUGAAAGGAAAGCAUCGAAAGACUCUUCGUCAGAAAAGAAACCUUCAAAAGAUUCUUCCUCAGAAAAGAAACCCUCAAAAGACUCUUCAUCAGAAGGAAAAGACUCCAAGGACUCUUCCAACUCAAAGAGAAAACCAGAAAAGAACCAGCUAAAGAACGAUGUAAGCAAAAACGUAGUUCAGUGGCUGAAUCCCUAUUAUAAACGAAAGAUAGCCACCAAGGAGCUCUUCAAGGCCCUGGCGAAAUUGCUAACUCAACGGAUUUGCGAUGGCAGUUUGGGUGACGGCGAUGCUGGUAAAUGCUACAUCAAGGAGACCUUCCAUGGCCUGGAUAUGAUCAACAACGAUCAGGAUAUUGAGAAAUAUUUCAUUGAAUCCAAGUGACUUUUCGACACACAACGAAAAGUGCUUUUUCGCCUUGUUAAAAGAGUUAAAGAAUUUUUUU